AAGGCAUUCCACACCACAGUUAUCUCUUAUCGUCUUCUCUGAUACAUCAAUCUAUGGAGGCAUCCAUCGGCUUCGACGACUCCACCCUCGACCUCAUCCGUCAAUGCCUCCUCGGCGACCUUCCCCAGCCCGAUUCCCCCGGCCUGGCCCCCGCCUUCCCCUGCGACGGUGCCUGUCGUUUCCCCGAACCGGCGCUAGGCCGCCGGCCGUCGCUGACGAUAUCCGUGCCGCCGCGGCCGGUGGGAGCGGCGGCGGAUUGCGACGAAUUGAAGCGGUACCGCGGGGUCCGGCAGCGGCCGUGGGGGAAGUUCGCGGCGGAGAUCCGGGAUCCCGCCCGGCGGGGCGCGAGGGUCUGGCUCGGCACCUACGACACCGCCGUGGAGGCGGCGAGGGCGUACGACCGCGCCGCCUUCCAGAUGCGCGGCCGCAAGGCCAUCCUUAACUUCCCCCACGAGAUCGGGAGCUCCGAGCAGUGGGACGCGGCGAUGACGACGGCCGCGCAGGUCCUAUCCGGGAAAAGAAAGCGGGAGGCGGAGGAGGAGGAAGCGGCGAGGGGAAUCAAAAGGGAGCGGUCGCCGGCGACGGAGAAAGGCGGCGACGGAGGGUUCGUUCCGUCGAUGUCGGUUUGCCCCUUGACGCCGUCGAGCUGGAAGGGCGUGUGGGAUUGGGAGGGGGCGGACACGAAGGGAAUCUUUAACGUGCCGCCGUUGUCGCCGUUAUCUCCCCACCCCUCUCUGGGAUGUGCUCAAGUCACCGUGAGCUGAAGAGAUUAAGGAAACAAAAGCAACAGAAAACAAAAAAACAAAAACAGAAGACGGAAUCCUAUCCCUCUUCGUGUGCACUAUUAUUCUUUCGUUCGUUUGCACUUGUAAUAGAUUGGAUGUUGAAAUUCCCGGAUACAAGUAAAUUUUCAUCGACUUCUUGACGAGAGUGAGAACAAUAAUAACAUCUCUGGUUGCAAUA